ACUCAGCUGAGUGGUAGAAAAACUAUCAUCGCGCUCCGUGGGGGAAUCUCAGUUCUGGCCAGUCUUUCUCGCUAGCCAAAAGUAUUUAUUUAUAGCAAUCUCAUUCGUCCCAAACUCAAGUAUCUUUGCAGAAAUGGCCACAAUUGUGCGCUCUCUUCUCAAGACAAAUCUUCCAUCCGCUCUCCGUCAGACUUCUCUCUUCCGGCGCCAUAUCUCUACCGGAACUCCUCUGCUGGCUGCCAAGAUCCAACAGCCGGCGCCCAAUUUCAAGGGCACGGCUGUUGUCAAUGGGGAAUUCAAGGAGAUCUCCCUGAGUGACUACAAAGGAAAGUACCUCGUGCUGUUUUUCUACCCCCUGGACUUCACUUUUGUCUGCCCCACGGAGAUCAUCGCCUUCAGUGACCGAAUGUCGGAGUUCCAGAAGCUCAACACUGAAGUUGUGGGCGUCUCUGUGGACUCGCACUUCAGUCAUCUGGCGUGGACGAAUCUGGAGAGGAAGCACGGCGGCCUGGGGAAGCUGAAGUAUCCCCUCUUGGCAGACAUCACGAAGCAGAUCUCACGAGACUACGAUGUGUUGCUGGAGCAGAACGGAAUCUCUCUACGAGGCUUAUUUAUUGUCGAUCCAAAUGGCAUUUUGAGGCAAAUCACCGUGAACGAUCUGCCGGUCGGUCGUUCGGUGGAUGAAACAUUGAGGCUCAUCAAGGCAUUCCAGUUCGUCGAGAAGCACGGCGAAGUGUGCCCGGCCAACUGGAAUCCAGAUACCAAUCCUGACACCAUCAAACCCACAGUUCAAGCAUCCAAAGAUUACUUCCAGAAGCACGGAUAAGCUUAUCUCAUGACCUAGGUCAGUAAUAACCAUGAUUUUAUUACCAUCCCUGCUGUGGAAGCAUAAAUAAAGAGAUUUGGUAGAAAAA